GGGAUUCGGACCAAUCAGCGGGCGCGUUGUUGGGCACUGUGGGGAGCGGGCCGGCGCUGCGAGAAGGGGUCAAGAUGGUUCUGGAGAGCACCAUGGUGUGCGUGGAUAACAGCGAGUACAUGCGGAACGGGGAUUUCCUGCCCACGCGGCUGCAGGCGCAGCAGGACGCCGUCAACAUCGUGUGCCACUCCAAAACCCGCAGCAACCCCGAGAACAACGUGGGGCUCAUCACCCUGGCCAAUAACUGCGAGGUGCUGACCACGCUGACCCCCGACACCGGGCGCAUCCUGUCCAAGCUGCACACGGUGCAGCCCAAGGGCAAAAUCACCUUCGGCACCGGCAUCCGCGUGGCCCACCUGGCGCUGAAGCACCGUCAGGGCAAGAACCACAAGAUGAGGAUCAUCGCCUUCGUGGGCAGCCCCGUGCACGACAGCGACAAGGACCUGGUGAAGUUGGCCAAGCGCCUGAAGAAGGAGAAGGUCAAUGUGGACAUUAUCAACUUUGGAGAGGAGGAAGCCAACACGGAGAAGCUGACGGCGUUCAUCACGGCGCUCAACGGCAAGGACGGCAGCGGCUCGCACCUGGUGACGGUGCCGCCGGGGCCCAGCCUGGCCGACGCCCUCAUCAGCUCCCCCAUCCUGGCCGGGGAAGGGGGGGCCAUGCUGGGCCUGGGGGCUUCUGACUUCGAGUUCGGGGUGGAUCCCAGUGCUGACCCCGAGCUGGCGCUGGCGCUGCGCGUGUCCAUGGAGGAGCAGCGGCAGCGGCAGGAGGAGGAGGCGCGCAGGGCGGCGGCGGCCUCGGCUGCGGAGGCCGGGAUAGCUGCGGCGGGAGGGGACGAGUCGGACGAGGCGCUGCUCAAGAUGACCAUGGGGCAGCCGGAGUUCGGCCGGGCGGGGCUGCCGGACCUGAGCUCCAUGAGCGAGGAGGAGCAGAUCGCCUACGCCAUGCAGAUGUCGCUGCAGGGCGCCGAGUUUGCCCAGGCUGAGGCGGCCGAGGUGGACAGCGGGGCCAUGGACACGUCCGAGCCCGCCAAGGAGGAGGACGACUACGACGUGAUGCAGGACCCGGAAUUCCUGCAGAGCGUCCUGGAAAACCUGCCGGGGGUGGAUCCCAACAACGAGGCCAUCCGGAACGCCAUGGGGUCCCUGGCGUCACAGGCGGCGCGGGAGAACCGGGAGAACCGGGAGAACCGGGAGAACCGGGAGAACCGGGAGAACCGGGAGAACCGCGACAGGAAGGACGAGGAGAAGAAAUGAGCGGCGGGAAAAACGGGCGGGAGCGACAGGAGGUGAAACGAGUUCGGUGGGGAUUAGUGUUGUGGGAAUAAAAGGAAUUUAUUGGGAAUGAAAUUUGGUGGGAGUGGAGAGAAUUUAUUGGGAAUGAAAGGAGUUUGUUGGGAAUCAAAGGAGUUUCUUGGGAAUGGAAGGAGUUUCUUGGGAAUGGUGGGAAUUUCAUGGGAAUUGUGGGAAUAAAAGGAAUUUAUUGGGAAUUAAAUCUGGUGGGAGUGGAGAGAAUUUCUUGGAAAUAAACUGAGUUUCUUGGGAAUGGCAGGAGUUUGUUGAGAAUCAAAGGAAUUUUUUGGGAAUGGAAGGAGUUUCUUGGGAAUGGCAGGAAUUUAAUGGGAAUUGUGGGAAUGGAAGGAGUUUCUUGGGAAUGGAAGGAGUUUCUUGGGAAUGGCAGGAAUUUCUUGGGAAUUGUGGGAAUAAAAGGAGUUUCUUGGGAAUGGAAGGAAUUUCAUGGGAAUUGUGGGAAUAAAAGGAAUUUAUUGGGAAUGAAAUUUGGUGGGAGUGGAGAGAAUUUAUUGGGAAUAAACUGAGUUUCUUGGGAAUGAGAGGAGUUUGUUGGGAAUGGAAGGAGUUUCUUGGGAAUGGCAGGAAUUUAAUGGGAAUUGUGGGAAUAAAAGGAGUUUCUUGGGAAU